AUGGGUGGAGUAUGUAAUGUUCUAUUCUUCCCUUGAUUUGACAACUCUUUUGUUUAAUUUAAAGCACUCAUUAAUUGUAAAGUCGAAACAAAGAGGUAAUUGCUCCUCAUUUGCAUUGUUGGUUGUUGACAGGGUUUGCAAGAAAAUCCAACCAUAAAGACUUCAUUAACAUCACUAUUGUCUAUCUGUAAGGCAUUGGUGUCUUGUUGGUUGUUUUCUGUAUAGGUAGAGUCAAAACAAAGGGGUAAUUGCUCUUUGUUUGCAUAUGGCAACGUCAAAGCAGCUAAGUUACUAACCAGUGAGGACCCCUAUGAUUUGAUGCAAGGCGAAGUAGGAGUAAGCGGUGAGAUAAUGAAAUACUUGCAACAGCUAGAGAACAAAAUGGAAACGAAAUUUGAAGUACUGUUUAACGACAUGAAAACCUUGAAAGUUACCACUGAAUUAACUAGCAAAAUACGAGCAGUGCGCACCUUGAAUGAAACCCUGACAUUUGAGGAAGAAAAUUACGCCCAAAAGAGAAAGUUAACAACGAAUCGUAUCUAA